AUCUUUGGAAAGAAGAAAUUGUUAAGUUCAUUAUAGAUAACAUGAUUAUUGUUAUAUCUCAAAUAUGUUGGAAUCAUAAUUUGAACCAGCAUCAAUCAUUAGAAGAAAUUUCAAAACAGCUUAAAGAUCUACAUGAUCUAUCGAAACAAGAAACA